UCGCUCACUCUCUACUCGUCUCGCUCGCACGCGCUGCCAUUCAGUGAGCUUCGAAACCUUCCGUAUGACACACGUCGGUUCUGAAAGCUUCAGCCAGUUUCACGAUCGCGUGAACUUUUGAAACUUGUGAUUUUAUCGAAAUUUCAUAUUUCUGAGUGCAGUUUUCAGUUUUUCUAAGUGUAUAUUUUGUGAAUAAUGUGUAUUUAAGCCAAUGGUUACAAUAACAGUGAGAAUGAUAUCAAAAAGUGUAAUAAUUAAUUCUGAAGUUGGAUAAUUACUUGUUUAAUUUUCCAAAAUGUUUUCGAAUUUAAGUUUACAUGACUUCAGCGCGUUACACGGCUUGAACAUCAGUGGUUCGUUGAACGGGAGUUUUCAGUUUGGUUCUGAGUUAGACAUAUUCUUUCAGCCUGAAAAUGUGUUGAUUACUCUGUAUGUGCCAGUUAUUCUGUUGUCCAUGGUGGCAAAUAUACUCCUCAUCAUUGUUGCAGUCAAGUGUAACUAUACAAAAAGUGUAACAAAUAUAUUCCUGGUGAACCUGUCGGCUGCAGACCUGCUGGUGACGGGCAUCUGCAUGCCCAUCCAGCUCAGCAAAGCCAUCACCCUCGUCUGGUUCUACGGGGAGACAGUCUGCAAGAUUGUUAAUUAUAUUCAAGGAGUGGCAGUAGCAGCCAGCGUGUUCACGAUAACAGCUAUGUCAGUAGACCGAUGGCUCUCCAUCUCCCCUGAACCCAGGCUCCGACCUCCUGGUAGAAAGCAGGCUUUGCUUCUCCUGUUCCUCCUGUGGUGUGCUGCCUUAUUGAUAUUCAUACCACUGCUGAUGGUAGCCACUGUGAGGAGGGAACCAGUCCCCAUCAUAUCGAAGGCAUUGAAAAAUAUAUCGAUAGAAACGAGAGACGUCCACUUCUGCACCGAGGAGUGGCCAGGAAUGGACAGGAAGAAACAGUUCGGGAUGCUGAGCUUCACACUCGUGUACGCCAUACCAGGUUCAAUAACAAUAAUGUCGUACGCAUGCAUGGGGCGCACGCUCUGCUCGGUGCGACCUCCGUUCGACAUCGACGAGGGCAACGUCAGCAUGCAACAGGGUCUAAGACUGAUGAAGGAGAGGAAACGAGUGGCGUGGAUCCUGCUGCUCUUGGCAGUGCUGUUCGCCAUGUGCUGGAUGCCGUACAACAUCAUGCAGCUGUUGCUCGACGUCAACCUGGUCAACGCUAAGGACCUCAGCAUGGUUCUGCCGUACGCACUGUUUAUGGGUCACGCGAACUCGGCGAUCAACCCGAUAGUGUACUGCCUGAUGACCAGGAACUUCCAGCGGUCGGCGCGCAAGCUGCUGUGUGGCCGCGGCGUGUGUCAGCAGACCAACUUCACGUGGCGCUGUGCUCAGAAGCCAGAAGGUUCGUCGAGUGACUACGAGCUGUAUCACGAGCCUCACAAAAGAUGCUACUUACAGAUGCACAAUAUGCGCUACAACGGACACGCAUACAGCACGCACAUUCCCCGCGGCAUCGAGACGCGUGCGCAGACGACGCAACUGAGUCACGUGACGCGGUCCUCCCGCCGCACGGCGCCUGCGCACGCCUUGUCAGUAGAGAUGCUACAACGACAUGGACUUAUUGACUUUAAACGUUAGAAAACUCGAGUUAAAUGGUCGUGUGUGAGUGCUUGAGUGAUUUUUAGAUAUAAGACUGUAAGAUGAACAGUUUAGUCCUCGUCUUCGGUGACCUUAAUGCAAUGACCUACCAAGGCAUAAGGAAUAUAACCCCUUUUAUAGAUUGCAUGCAACAUGGAAAGACUUUGUCGAGGUGCAAUUUUGUAUUGUGUAUUUUCAACACAAACCCCUUUAAUUUAAUUAUAACUGUUUGGAUAUAGAGGCUCGUAUUCAUGAGGAAUGCUGCUUGAGAGUGAAUAUAACCCUCUAGCAUAGUUUGAAACUAGUCGAGUUGUUCAUCAAACAGUUACGUGAGUACGCCGAUAACAUAAUUAUGAACAAAUUCCUUUUCUAAUUAUUACUUUAACUUGCAUUCAAGUGGAAAUAAUAAAAACUGAAUACUAAUAACAAAACUACAACCCCGAUUAAAUCUUGCCAUGUUACGUGCCGAGGGUUUUAAGAGUGAGUGGUCGUUCAGCAGUGGAUGUAUUCCUGUUGACAAUGAAGAUGAGUGACUUUUAUGUGUGUGUGUGUGUGUGUGUGUAAAUAAAUGAGUGCAUUAAACCAGAGCUUAUAGCCUGUAAUGUCCGUAACCUUAAUUAAUUCCGAAAGCUGUUAAAAUAGAGUGGGUCGUAAUGAAAUUUACUUCAGUUUCUACGGAGAUAUUGGUUGGCCAGGAAACAUGUAAAAAUUAUAUCCUUUUAAGUACAAGAAAAAUAAUCAAUAAUGACUGUUUACAAAAUAGAUCGCAAUCCACUCCAAAAGAUCAUAUUAUUACUAAAAAUAAAUAUUCCUUGCAGUACCAUUGUUAUAUCUAUAAUAUAAAAAUAAGUCGGGUUUUCCUUCUUGACGCUAUAACUCCAGAACGCACGAACUGAUUUCCAUUCGUCGGAAAGGUCUCGGGCUCCGGGAGGUUUAUAGCAAAGAAAAUUCAGGCAAAAUUAUUUAAGAGAAAAGUAGGAAAACAGGGAAAAUCAUUGGUUGCGAAACGGAGUUUGCCGGGUUUGCUAGUUAACCUAUAAAUAGCAUAAUUACAAUAAUUUCUUGAAUUUUGAAUUACAUAUAUUUGUAUAAUUUAUACAUGUAAUCAAUUUAUAAGAACAGGCUGGCAAAAAAACAAAA